AUGUACUCGAUGGAUUACAAUUCGUUAUCUUCAAAGUUAUCAUCUGCAGCAGGUUAUCUUGUUGAUGAGGCUGCAGAGAUGGAUUUCCAGAAGCUAGCUUCAGAUUCUCUAACUCUUUUGGGUUCCUGUGAUGGUCUGGUUUGCUUAUCAGACUAUGACAAAUCCAGUUAUGGUGCGGAUGACAUUUGCAUUUGGAAUCCAUCAACCAAGGAAUACAAGAACAUACCUAUGCCGCCAAAUUCUGAACACAGUAAUAUGGAUCAGGGCUUGUACGGGUUCGGUUAUGAUGACAAGAUUGGUGAUUUCAAAUUGGUAAGGGUUGCUGAAAUUCCUAAACCUGUUGGUAGUUCUGAUGGUUGUGAGGAUGGGUCUGUAAUGCGGAUAUUAACCUCAAUUUCAGAUAUUACUUCUGAAGUUAAGGCUUCUUGGGUCAGUUCACAUUCAGUAGUUCAGAUCUACACAUUAGGGUCAAAUUCUUGGAGAACUUGUCAGUGUCAAGACAUGCCUUACUACUUUCCUGAUGGAAUAAAGCCUGGGGUGCUUGUUAAUGGAGCUCUCCAUUGGUAUGCUGUUAACAAGCGUGAGUACUACGAAGCUAUAAUAUCUUUUGAUAUGACUAAUGAGAUAUUCAAGGAGGUUGCAAGAAUUACAGGAUCCAUGCUACAUCCUGUAGUUUGUGAUUAUAGUAUUGACUACAAUAAUGUGAGUGUGUUAGGAGGGUGCCUUUGCAUACUUCAUAAAACCUACGGCGUUAAAGUUGACGUGUGGGUGAUGCAGGAAUAUGGAGUAAAGGAAUCAUGGACGAAAAAGUUCACAAUUACACAGAAGUCUAUUACUGAAACCGGUCGUUUGAGGAUAAUAUGUGAGUUUCAGAACAAUGAAAUUAUUUUCGAUACUGAUACUUGUUUAGUUUAUUAUGAUCCAAAUAACAAUAUUGAUAAGAGAUUGAGGAUCCAUGGUGCUAGCAUGUUUCAAGGAGCGGAGCAAUAUGUGACCAGCAUAGUCACACUAGGUUCUGGUACUUAUGUGGAGAAGCCAAAGACAAGAAAAAGGAAAUCAAGUGAAAUAUGA